AUGCCUUUGUCCCCGGGCCCAGACAUGUCCGACACCACGGCCCGUCGACUGAGCAACCACUUCUUCCGCUUGCCCAUCGAGCUGCGCCAUCACGUCUAUUCGUACAUUGUCCCGUCCAGAGUCCACGUCCACCUCGGCAAGAGAGGCACCCUCUGCGUCUCGACAUGCGUCAAUCCCGCGUCCCGCGGGGACCGUUUCUGCUUCGACCGUCGAUCGACAGGUGACCCUUCCGCCGAGGUCUGGGGACGCCGUCUCAACUCCUCCUGGGGUAGCCAUUGGAGAUGCGAAGAAGUCGCCUUGGCCUCGGGACUCGACCCGGUCGACGUCGGCGCCCACCACCAUGACUCGGCUCGAGCGCUGAUGAGCACCUGCAAGCAAAUAUACCAAGAUGUCGCGUACCUGAUGGCCGUACACCUGGCCAUCCACAUCACCGACAUUGCCACCCUCGACUUCCUCCUCGACCCUGCCAACGCAGCGGCCGGCACAACCUCCGCCAGCAACCUCUUCGCGCGCACCUUCCCUCUCACCCGGAACCUCACCCUUGCCUUCAGGCUCUCACCCAAAGUCUACCAGGACAUAGCGGCGCUUUCGUCGCAGCCCGAGCUGUCCAACGGCCCGUCCCCCGCACACAUGUGGAUGCGUGUGUGGCGCAAAACGGCCGGCAUGGCUUCCCUGCGCACUCUCGACAUCACCAUCGACCACGGCUCCAAAUCGUCCUGGUCCACGCUCGACGAACAGGCCGUCCUGUCCACCCUUCUUCCCCUGGCCUCUGCCCCCCCGCGACUUGCUCUGACCAUCCACGUCCCGCACUCACCCGCCUCGCCGGCACCGGGGCCCCGAUCCGAGGGCCGACCGGACCUCAUCCCCAUCCUAUCGCGAGUCGAGAGAUACGCGAGGCAGCGGUUCUUCACGGAGAAGAGACAAGACGGGAGCGUCGGGUUAGUGUACGAGGAGGAUGCGCAGAAGAUGAUGGACAUUCCGGGCCAAGAUGCAGCAGAGAUGCAGCGGGCCGCUGAAUGGAUCAUGCACAUUUGGUUCCAAGGCGUCGACCUGGACUACCUUGCCAUGACGGAGUCGUGCGACGGCGGCAUGAGCCACGUGGGGGCAUGA